AUGAGCAAGAAUACGACACAUUCAGAAACUAAAGACGACAGGGAUACCCAGACAGUAGACACACUGACACAUGUCACCAAGACGUAUAGUAAACAUUACACAACUAACAGCCACAAGCCCACGACAAAUAAAUCGCCACAUUAUCCUCAGACCAGUUCACUCAUCAACCUUUACAUCAGACAUGGUUGUAGUUCCUUCAUGGAACUGCCACACUUACUAUUUGCAAUAGGCAAAGUGGUCUACCUUUGUGAUUAUACAGAGGAGUUUGCAGUGUAUUUUCUCCCGAAUAAUGCGUUAUGCUUCAUGCUAUAA